AUGAUUACUGGUACAUCACAAGCUGAUUGUGCUGUGUUAGUCGUUGCUGCUGGUACUGGUGAAUUUGAAGCUGGUAUCUCCAAAAAUGGUCAAACACGUGAACAUGCUUUACUUGCUUACACAUUAGGUGUCAAACAAAUGAUUGUUGCUGUUAACAAAAUGGAUACAACUGAGCCACCAUAUUCAGAAAAACGUUUUGAUGAAAUUAAAACUGAAGUAUCCAAUUAUAUUAAGAAAAUUGGUUAUGCUGCACAAGGUGUACCAUUUGUACCAAUCUCAGGUUGGCAUGGUGAUAAUAUGGUUGAAGGAACAGAAAAAAUGCCAUGGUAUAAAGGUUGGGCAGUUGAACGAAAAGAAGGUAAUGCAAGUGGUAAAACACUUUUGGAUGCUCUUGACUCUGUUGUUGCACCUCAACGACCAACUGAUAAACCACUUCGAUUACCAUUACAAGAUGUUUAUAAAAUUGGUGGUAUUGGUACAGUACCUGUUGGUCGAGUUGAAACUGGUAUUCUCAAACCAAACAUGGUUGUUAAUUUUGCUCCAUCAAAUUUACAAACUGAAGUUAAAUCAAUUGAAAUGCAUCAUGAAGCCCUUCAAGAAGCUGUACCAGGUGACAAUGUUGGUUUUAACGUAAAAAAUGUUAGUGUUAAAGAACUUCGACGUGGUUUCGUUGCUUCAGAUGUUAAGAAUGAUCCUGCUCAAGAAACAGCUAAUUUCGUAGCUCAAGUUAUUGUUCUUAAUCAUCCCGGUCAAAUCGGUGCUGGUUAUGCUCCAGUUCUUGAUUGUCAUACAGCACAUAUUGCUUGCAAAUUUGCUGAAUUACUUGAAAAAGUUGAUCGUCGAUCGGGUAAAACAAUUGAAGAAGCACCAAAAUUCCUUAAAUCAGGUGAAGCCGCUAUGAUAAAAAUGAUUCCAUCAAAACCAAUGUGUGUUGAAAAAUUUUCUGAUUAUCCACCAUUGGGUCGAUUUGCCGUCCGUGAUAUGCGUCAAACGGUAGCUGUUGGUGUUAUUAAAGAAGUUGAAAAGAAAGCUGCAUCAUCAGGCAAAGUUACCAAAUCAGCAGCUACAGCUGCUGCUAAAACUGGCAAGAAAUAG